AUGAUGUUGCAAAACAGAUUGAAGAAAAGCUGGCCAAGGCAGAACCUCUACAUAACAACUGAAUGUUGUAUCUACAGGGUUCCCUAUGAAAUCCGCCAGUUCAACGAUGAUGCAUACACCCCAAAAGUUAUUUCAAUCGGCCCUUAUCACUAUGGCCAUGAAAGACUGCAAAACAUGGAAAGCCACAAAUUGAUAUAUUGCAAAAGAUUCAUAGAACGAACUAAGACAAGCUUAGAGAGUUUGGUGAGCUGCGUGCAAGAGUCAGAACCAGAUGUUCGUCGUUGUUACUCUGAAAGCAUUAAGCUUAGUGUGGAGGAAUUUGUCGAACUGAUAUUGGUGGAUUGUUGCUUCAUAUUUGAAUUGUUCUUAACGCACGAUUCGAAGGUUGGUAAUGCUAUCCCAUUCGAAGGUUGGUUGGAAAGUUGUAUUGCAUAUGAUUUGCUUCUACUCGAGAAUCAACUUCCUUUCUUUAUUCUUGUUAAGUUAUACACUCUAGCUUUACCCUCGUCCUUGAAUAAUAAUAUUGAUCAGUACCCUCCUUCUCUUGAAAAUCUCAUUUUUAAAUAUUUUAAGAAGUGCAACUUACAACUUCGGGACACUACUGCUAGCAUGAAACACUUCACAGAUAUGCUCAGAAUCUCUCACUUACCACCACCUGAUGCACGUCCUGCAAGGACGGGUCAAUUACCGAGGCAGAUUUAUAGUGCAACCGAGUUAGUUGAAGCAGGAGUGAAGUUUAGGGUGAAGAAAGAAGGCCACUUGUUAGACUUCAAAUUUUCAGGACAUCAUCUUGAAAUACCAAAAUUGUAUUUGGGGGAUGAUACUGAAAUUUUGUUUCGAAAUAUGAUGGCUUUGGAGCAAUUUCACUAUCUUCAUGAAUCCUACUUCACUGACUAUGUUGUAGUCCUUGAUUACCUUAUCAACACAAGCAAGGAUGUGGAUGUCCUUGUUCAAAAUGAAAUAAUCAAAAACAUGUUAGGCAAUAACGAGGCCGUGGCUGAACUGUUCAAUGGUCUUUACAAAAAUAUUGUACAGACGAGGUUUAAUUCUGAUUACAGUUAUAUUUCCAGUCAGUUGGAAAAAUAUUGUAAUCAUCCUUGGAAUGAAGCAAUGGCAACUUUGAGACGUGAUUAUUGGAGGACUCCAUGGCAAAUAGUUGCUUCCAUUGCUGGAAUUUUAUUGCUUAUUCUUACGGUUAUUCAAACAGUAUGUUCUGUCCUCCAAGUGUUGCACCCUUAA